AUGACAAGAACGUUAUUUAUUUACCGAAUCCUAGCCUGUGUGGCGUCUUUAUUGGUGCUGUUGUGUUCUACUCUCCCUCAGCUAGUUCUCGCCGUAGCAAAUCCUCCCAGGGAAGGUAACAUUGACCAACUAUGGGGUUGGUGUCACACAUUUGUGUACAUGGAUCAUACAACCCGCUCAUUUGCUACAUACCUGAUCGUUGUACCCUAUGUUCUCUUCUUUUGGGACUUCCUGUUCAGCGAAGUUGUUCCAAGACGUCGCUUGGUGAUGCAGCAUAUAUUCCGUGGCGUCCUCAUGUCAGCACUGCCUAUAGCGUUAUUCUCCUCACUGAUUGCGGUGCCCCUUGUUGCCUUUCGCUAUGAGCGACUUUGGAACGGCACCCAUGAUGUAUGUCACUCAAGCAUCAGUGGAACUAAAACAUUUCUCGCGUUCGACUUUGCUGUUACGCGAGUAGCCCCAAUGCUGAUAAUCAUUGUUGUGACAUCAGCCUUUCUCAUUUGGUUGCCUCGACAUCACUACGGCGUUUUCUAUGAGCCUCUCACAUUCCUGUUUUUGAUGGCUCCAGUCGUCUUCGUCGAAGCAACAAUCUACAUAGCCUGUUAUAUGGACGUGGUUCACUAUCUGUUCAAUGAGCACUUCGCUAAUGUUCUCCUGAUUUUUUAUGCUUUUUAUCACAUGUCGUUUAGCAGCACCUUUGUCUUGGCAACUCUGCGCUCUGUAGUCACCGAGAUUCGACGCGAAAGGAAAGCUAGAAAACAAUUUUUGAGUGGAGAAGAACCAAGAGGAGAUGAGCGUAGAAAUGCUCGUCGAAGCAAUGUUAUGCAUGGACUGCAGCGUCAGUUUUCUGUUGUUUUCCGGUGGCGCUCCGAAUGUGCAGAAGAUGAGCUACAUUUAGAGGACCACGUAAAGAGCAAGAAGCCCGAAAUCGAUCGGUCUGCCACAUAUAAGAAGCCCAUAUUAGAAAGCCAAGAUGUCAACUUCUCAGCAAAACCUCUAUUUAAUGUCAGCGCAUCGGACUCCGAUAGAGCACGCUUUCGAGGUGACAGUCCAAUGGGAAAUUUUGGCAAAGAGCCAUAUUUAGUCUUCAAAGCUCCGGAAAGUCAUGUUGAGAGUGUGAGUUGCAGCAUAGAUUCCGUCGUCCACGGACUCCAACACCAGAUCCAUCAAACCGGUCACAACACUGAUAGUCACAAAAAUACUAGCCAUCAAAGUGAGAAUGACAUUUUGCUGACUGCUUCACCGCCAAGAAAUUUGCAAAAGCUCCCAUGA